AUGAGCACUUUGACCACAUUGCGACUGGAGUUGACCAAUGGGCCCUUCGAGAAGCCCACACGGAUAGAUGCAAAAGACAUGGCCUUCCUGACGAGCCUUCCGCGCCUUAAGUGGCUCGAGCUCUCCUUGGACACAUUCUCAGAUCGUGAUGCGAUAGACCGGCAGCUCUCUGUUACACCUCUCCUGUACCUGCUCUCCCUGGAGCUUCGAUACACGAACACGGAAAAAUGCUAUAUUCAUGAUUUAGAGGCGUUCAAAGGUCCUACAGCACUCCUGCAACACCUCCUUCCCGUCUGUGCACUGCAUCAGAUCACACUUUCCGUCACCCUCACUUGCUUUGUCUCGCGCGCGAGUGUUGACAAGUUUUUCUCCGCGUUCGCGGCGCUCCCGUCGAGCCUCGUCUCGUGCGAUAUCCUCCAGGUAUCCUGGGGCGCGAGUGAGCCGCCGCUCGGGAUGCAAGGCUAUGCGCCAUUCCUUGCGCUCCCUGUUCGCGAGCUUAUGCUCGAAGGGGCCGGGGUUGACCUCGACCUCGCAGAAGUGCGCGCUUUCGCUAGUGCCUGGCCGAACUUGCGUCGGCCCAGCCUCGGGCAGGACCAGCCUGCCAGCCCAGCGCGCGUCUCGCUCUCCGCGCUCCCUGACCUAGUGCACACCAUGCCAAACUUGGUCGAGCUUGGCAUCCGCGUGUACGACGAUGACGAAGCUCUUGACGAGGAGCACUCUCCGACGUCAGCCCCCGUUCCAAAACUUACGAAACUCGACCUCGGUUGUUCGCCGCUCCAUAAUGCGAUGGACGCGGCCCGGUACGUCGUGCGUAACUUCCCAAACGCGAGCGGGUGCUAA